AUGCGCCUCUCGCCCAUCCUCCUCCUCCUCACAGCCGCCGCGGCCGCCUCCGCUGCGCCGACACGGCCCCAGCGCCCCGUCAUAGCCGACGACGACACCCUCCUGGACCGCAGGGCCGUGGUGCACGUGGAAAUCGUCCAAGCCCACACCAGCCGUUUCACAAACGCGGUCAUGACCAAAAUCACCCGCUACGCCUCGGACGCGGCCUCGGACGUCCAGGGCUUCCUGAGCGGGUCGUUUGGCGGCGCCGUCGCCGACCCCAGCGGCGACGUCAUGACCGUCGCGUACGGCCAGCGCGCGUCCCCCUUGACCACGGCCGCCCGGCGGCCGCACGCACACCAGGACGGCCGCCGCCGCCGCCACAGAAUCUCCCUGCUGGGCUUCAGGAACCGGCUGGCCGUGUUCAUCCUGGCCUUUUCGCUGGCCCUGGCCGUCGUGUGUUCGUACCUGAGACGGGCGUACAUUGUCUCGCUGAAAGAGCCGGUAGAGGCCCAGGCUGAGGUCGACACGGGCUCGGUGGAGAAGGCCUCGUCACGGAGCAACAGGGCUGAUGAGACGACGCACUCAUCAUGA